ACCAAGAGUUAGACGGUCCAGACCCUCGCAAAAGCUCUACUCAGAAAAUUUGUUCAAUUAUAUAAGAGAUUCCGCUAUGGUAAUUGGUACAUACUUUCAGCGAGCAACCUAGCUAAUUGUGAUCGACCCACUUCAGAAAAUCUGCCAUGGGCGAGAAAGAACAGGCUAAGCCUUUGGCUCCGGCAUCCCACAGGAUCCACGUAGAGGAAGGAGCUGAAGCUCAGUCCAUGGAGACUAAAAAGUACAACAGGAGGAGGUGCAUCAAAUGCUGUGGCAUCUCUACCGCCCUCAUAUUGAUUCUAGCUGCGACCAUGUUGGUGCUUGCUUUCACCGUAUUUCGCGUUAAAAAACCCGUUUUGAAGAUGAACUCCGUCAAGGUCGAAGGAUUGGAUGUUGCUAUGGAGGCAAAUUUUCGUCUGGGGACAAACGUGACACUUGUAGCAGAUGUCUCGAUGAAAAAUCCGAACGUGGCCUCCUUCAAGUUAGAUAAUUCGACGACUUAUCUUUUCUAUGGUGGCAAGAUGGUUGGGGAAGCCAAGACUCCGCCGGGGCAUGCCAGGGCGAGGCGGACGAUGCAUAUGAAUAUCACGGUGGAUAUUCUGGCAGAUCAACUGCUGGAUGUGCACCGGCUGUGGAGUGAUCUGCAAGCAGGGGCUUUGCCUAUGGGUAGCUACACAAGAAUAAGUGGCCUAUUGGGUUGGGUGCCAGACCAAGUCAACAAGCAGCCAUUAUCCUCCUGGGACGACACGAAAUUGAUCGUGGAACAACUUACUAGUCACUGGUCUAGAGUCCAGACAUAGACUAGCCCAAUUCGGGUGGUAAAAU